UUUUUUCCGCCCACGCUUCUGUUCUGUGAGGGAGGGGAGGCGCGUUUUCACCCCCCCAUCGGGGAGCCGGGCCCAUCGCAAAUGGCUUCGUUUCCCGAGUCCGACUUCCAGAUCUGCCCGCUGUGCAAGGAGAUGUGCGGCUCGCCGGCUCCCCUCUCCUCCAACUCCUCCACCUCCUCGUCCUCCUCGCAGACCUCCAGCUCCUCCGGGGGCGGCGGCGGCGGCUCCUCCUGCGGGGGCCCGCCGCGGCGGCUCCACGUCCUGCCCUGCCUGCACGCCUUCUGCCGCCAGUGCCUGGAGGCGCAGCGGCACCCCGGCGCGGGGGACGCGCUCAAGCUGCGCUGCCCCAUCUGCGACCAGAAGGUGGUGAUCUCGGAGCCCUCGGGCAUGGACGCGCUGCCCUCCUCCAACUUCCUCCUCAGCAACCUGCUGGACGUCGUGGUCGUGGCCGCCGCCGCCGACGAGCAGAAGAACGGCCGCGCCGCCGGGGCCGGCCCCGCCGCCGGCUCCGGCGCGGGGGGGGGCGGCGGCGGCAACAACCGCCACCACGGACGCCCGCCGCCGCCGCACCGCGCCGCCGGCUCCUCGCCCGCCGCCGCCGCCUCGGCCGCGCCCUCCUCGACGUCCUCCUCCUCCUCCUCGGGCGGCGGCUCGGCGGCGCUCCUGCUGCGGCGGCCCCACAGCCGGCAGGGCGAGCCCCGCUGCAGCUCCUGCGACGAGGGCAACGCCGCCAGCUCCCGCUGCCUCGACUGCCAGGAGCACCUGUGCGACAACUGCGUGCGGGCGCACCAGCGCGUGCGCCUGACCAAGGACCACUUCAUCGAGCGCUUCGCCGCCGCCGCCGGCCCCGCCGCCGCCGCCGGCCCCGCCGCGCCGCUCGCCCUCAGCCCGCCGUACCCCGCCUCGCCCUACAACAUCCUCUCCGUCUUCCCCGACCGGGCCAGCUACUGCCAGCACCACGACGACGAGGUACUGCAUUUCUACUGUGAUACUUGUUCUGUCCCCAUAUGUCGGGAAUGUACCAUGGGGCGACAUGUGGGUCACAGCUUUAUCUACCUCCAAGAUGCCCUACAGGAUUCCAGGACACUCACCAUUCAGCUCCUGGCAGAUGCUCAGCAAGGACGACAAGCUAUUCAACUGAGUAUUGAACAAGCCCAGGCUGUGGCAGAGCAGGUUGAGAUGAAGGCGAAGGUGGUACAAUCUGAAGUCAAAGUAGUGACUACUAGACAUAAGAAGGCCUUGGAAGAGCGCGAGUGUGAGCUGCUGUGGAAGGUGGAAAAGAUUCGUCAAGUCAAGGCUAAGUCGCUCUACUUGCAAGUUGAAAAGUUACGUCAGAACCUAAAUAAGCUGGACAACACCAUCAGUGCUGUUCAGCAGGUCCUGGAGGAGGGUCGUACCAUGGAUAUUCUUUUGGCUCGGGACCGCAUGCUGGCUCAGGUGCAGGAGCUGAAGAAUGUGAGAGGCCUUCUCCAGCCACAGGAAGACGACAGGAUCAUGUUCACCCCCCCUGACCAGGCAUUGUAUAUGGCCAUUAAAUCAAUGGGCUUUGUCAGCAGCGGGGCUUUCGCUCCUCUGACCAAAGCCACUGGGGAAGGCCUCAAGCGUGCGCUGCAAGGCAAGGUGGCCUCGUUCACAGUGAUAGGCUAUGACCAUGACGGUGAGCCUCGCCUCUCAGGAGGUGACAUGAUCUCUGCAGUAGUGAUGGGCCCAGAUGGAAACCUUUUCGGGGCAGAUGUCAGCGAUCAGCAGAAUGGGACCUACCUGGUCAGCUACCGUCCACAGCUAGAGGGAGAGCACCUGGUGUCCGUGAUGAUGUGCAACCAACACAUUGAGAACAGCCCCUUCAAAGUUGUGGUGAAAUCUGGGCGCAGCUACAUAGGCAUUGGGCUGCCGGGGCUCUCCUUUGGCAGCGAGGGAGACAGCGAUGGCAAACUCUGCCGCCCCUGGGGGGUUAGCGUAGACAAAGAAGGCUACAUCAUUGUUGCUGACCGCAGUAAUAACCGCAUCCAGGUGUUCAAGCCAUGCGGGACCUUCCAUCACAAGUUCGGCACGCUGGGCUCCCGGCCGGGCCAGUUUGACCGCCCUGCUGGCGUGGCCUGUGACAUCUCGCGUAGGAUUGUUGUGGCUGACAAGGACAAUCAUCGCAUCCAGAUCUUCACGUUCGAGGGGCAGUUCAUUCUGAAGUUUGGAGAGAAAGGAACAAAGAACGGGCAAUUCAAUUACCCAUGGGAUGUGGCCGUCAACGCAGAGGGCAAGAUCCUGGUCUCUGACACAAGGAACCAUCGUGUUCAGCUGUUCGGGCCUGACGGCGUGUUCCUUAACAAGUAUGGCUUCGAAGGGGCACUCUGGAAGCACUUUGAUUCCCCCAGAGGUGUGACUUUCAAUCACGAGGGCCACUUGGUAGUGACAGACUUCAACAACCAUCGCCUUCUGGUCAUCCAUCCAGACUGCCAGUCAGCACGCUUUCUGGGCUCGGAGGGCACCGGCAACGGCCAGUUCCUGCGCCCACAGGGAGUGGCGGUGGAUCAGGAGGGGCGCAUCAUCGUGGCCGAUUCCAGGAACCACCGGGUGCAGAUAUUCGAGUCAAAUGGUAGCUUUUUAUGCAAGUUUGGCACUCAGGGAAGCAGCUUUGGUCAGAUGGACCGUCCUUCAGGUAUAGCUGUCACCCCUGAUGGCAUGAUUGUUGUGGUCGACUUUGGAAACAAUCGAAUUCUCGUCUUCUAAUCUGUGUUUGAAUUAGGAAGAAACUGUCUCAGGGAAAUUCUUCUAAGAGAAAAUGAAAAAAAAUACAACGUUAAUUCAAACCUACCUCAUCUUUAAUUUUUUUACAGAUGAAUGUACUUAUCUUUUCCGCAGGGAGUGAGCCUGUAAAGUUAAAGUCUAUCUACCUCAUUGUCCUCCCUUCCCUCCCCAGUUUCUCGCCCUCCUCCCCAUCCCCACACACUCACAGUUCAGAACGUUUUACCUCUCCCCCCAGCAUGGGGUUUCAUGCACAAACAAGUGUUGCUGUGCACAUUAGGUGGUUUGUGUGAUGAGUUCUGUAGACUAAGCAAAAAAGAAAAAAAAAGGCUCUAUGUAACUUUUUUAAACAGAGAAAAUGGUAGUAGGUGUUUGUAGAGAAAUUUGUGUUCUUGACCGUACUGCAGUUCUGUGGGUGGGGACAUGGGAGGGGGGACUUUUGUUUUUUGAAUUGCUGCUGCAGCAGAGAACUUUUUCCUGUUCUCCUUUUUAUACCUCAGUGUGUUUGAUUUACUGGUGAGCACAGCGUCUUGUUCCCAGACGGCUUUGAACGUUUUGUGAAAGUGAGUGGGAUUCACUCGCCGGGAAGAGCAAGUUUGCAUCUUUUUGGCAUUUCUGUGUAUUUUUUUCUGAAACACAGUAAUCCAACAGCACAAAGUGAAGCUGAUGAAAAUGCACAAAAACUCUUUAAGUUUAAACCAAAUUGUUCAGUUUAGUGGUUUAGUGGGAUUGUUGUAAAGUUUAGAUGAGAAAAGCAAGGCUUCCUUUAAUGUAUCCUGUCAUUGAGUAUUUUUUACCCUUUUCACCUAAAAGCUAAAUUAGUUUUUUAAAAGUUACUGUUUCUUUUAUCAGUGCACCUAAUCUGGAUAACAGAAGAGGUUACAAGGAGCAUUGAAACAGGGAAAAUCAAUCCCUUUUGAUUUACUUUCUUGUGAAAUGACUAGCUUUUUUUGCCCCUCCCCAUAGAGAGACUUUAAGGGAAUAAUGUUUGAUGGAUUUGUUAGAACAGAAGUGGUACCUUUUUCCAAAAGUAAGAAAUAAGCACAGCUUUGGAGAUUCAGGGUGCGUUUUGGAGAAUUCAACAGUUUUUUGUGUUUAAAGAGGAUUGCAAUAACCCUAUCAGUGACAAAAAUGUAUUUAUGGGGUUUUUUUUCAUCAUCUGGCUUCCCCAAAGAGCUGGACUGAAAAAUUUAGGCAGGUCUACUGUAGUUUUUAGGGCGGGGUGGGCCUGUAGCACCGUGUAUCUCUUGCGACAGAUCCAAGUGAAAAGUUACCAGUACCAGCAUAAGGCAAACUGCAUCAAGUUGAAACUUUGCUGCUUUUUUUCCAGGGCAGUACCAAAGAAUUCUUCGUAAAAGUAAAAUGUAUAUGAUUCCUAAAAGCUUGGAGGCAGGGAGAAGUUAGCUCUUUCAGGGGAUAUAAAAAACAGCUUUUCUGAGAAGCAGAAACUUUUUGGGAGACUAGAGAUAGAUCUCUUUAGCAAAAUGUGACUUUGAGUCCCUGGAAGUAUUUUGUUUUGUUCUUCAACUUCUUGCAUUCCAGUUUAGCUGUUAAUGCAGAUAGAUACAGUCUCUACAGAGCUGUUGCUUCACCCUCUGAAUAAGGCCUUUGGUGGCAAAUGAGUGGUUAAGAUAGGGAGCAGAGGGCUUUUCUGUCUCUUUUGCAAUGGAAAAAUUAAUGUAGUAGGCUUGAAAAUGCCAUGGGAUUUGAUUUACCUUACUGUUUGCAAGAGAAGGUCUCUGAAACAUAAACAUGGUUAUCAAAAAGUCUGAAGAGCCUUAACCAUCCUCCAAGGAAAGGGUUCAUCUCUAUGCCAUCUACCAUGCACAAAAGUGACCUGAGAUUGAAAGGCUCUUUACAAGUUUGUGAGAAAUCACAAGGUGCACUUUCCUUCUUGCUGCUUUUCCCCAAGGAGCGUUAACUUUCUGGGUUUUGUAGAAAUCCUGAUGAUGUGUGCAGACAGAUAGCUACCACUUCAGAGGAGGCUUUAAACUAAAGGACCAGAAAGACACAGAUUCAUGAGAUGGCAAAACCUCUUUUUAAAGAAGGGUGAGAAAAAACCACCUAAAUUAAACAGGAUGAAAUAACUGUGCUGCCUUUCAGCCUAAGCCUCAAGGAAGCAAACUCUUCAAAGCAGUGUGUUUCGGUUAGGCUUAAUCUUUAGGAUAGCAUGGUUUAAAAAUAGUCUUUAAAGGAUAAUCUUUUAUAUGGAUAUCUGUCAUUAAAUUUCUGUGGCCACUCAAAACAUGGAUAUGAGAGAAAGCUAGUUUUACCUUCGACUUUUUCAAGUUCUGCUUGUGUACAUGCCUCCCUUCUUGGGCGGCCUACAGUUGUGACAGAUGUCUGUGUGUGUCUUGUAUUAUUCAAUCCAAGAAUUAUUUGCAACUUGGGCUGUGGAAACUAAUAGCCUGCAAGAUCUAGAUACCAAAGAAAACUGGUUUAAAAAGCUUUAACGUUUAGUUUGCAGUGUCCUUGCAUUUAUCCUAUCAUGUCUUAAUGAAAAUGCCAGGUCUCUUGAUACCUUGACCAGAGUUGCUGACAGUGUUGGAGCGUGCUAGAAACGCUCCUGUGCUUCAAUGCUUGUUGGGUUCUCCCUUUCUCUGGGGCUGAAAGGGAGUUGUUCUCCAGGCAUUAAAAAAACAAAGUUGUGUGCUUUCAGGAUUGUGUUGAACUGCAGAAACCUUUUUGCCCCUCUCCAGUGGCACCGUGUUGAAGGUGACAGACGCUGGAGCUGCCCUUUGCUGUUUUGUGUGGAGCCGUUGCACAAACCCCCAGUCCAGCUCUGUCAGGAGGACUGACUGUAACUCUUUUUCGGUUGCUGUCUACUUAAUUCAGUGGGAUUUGCUUACAAACCAAACCUCUCGAGUGUUUGACCUCAAUGUGUUGGGGAGCUUUUUCGUUUUAAAAACACUACUGUUUAGCUACCCGAAAUAAUUCCUUAUCUUUGUCAUAGAUAGUGCUAAGCACGCUUGGUCUCAUUGAAAAGUGGUAGUGUAGCUUAUAAAAUGGAGUGUUUCAUAUGCAAUGAAAUUAAGUAGCGGUAAUACACAAUGCCAACAUCAGAUGCCUCAGUAGGGGCUUUUAUAAAAGUAAUACUUAAAUGAGAUUCAAACCUCGCUCGGUUUUUCCAUGCAUGUUCUCAGGCUAUGCAUGUUCUCAGGUUAAUGCCCCAGCAUCAUAACGUACACGCGUGCAGAGAGAAAAAGCAAGGCUUUGAAGCUGGAUUGCAAACUGAACAUUCAGACUAGUUUUAACUAGUGGAAAUGGCCUGGAGAAGGGUGAGGUGAGCGGUGCCUCUUAGCUCUGACAUUGGGGAACAACGGAAUGCAGGUGGCAGACCUGUCUACUAGAACUCCCAAAGGAAUUUCGCUGUGCCAGCUUAAACCAGUGGCUCUCCGUAAACUUUUUGCGUGACAAAACAUAUCAGCAGUCAGUAUGGCUAGUUUGAGUUUAGCCUGUGAAGCAAUCUUGUCCUUUCUCGUACCUCUUUAAGCAGGAACUUCAGUAGCAAACUGAAGCAGACUCAGUACUUAAUAAUGCAGGUCCUUCAGAUAAUUCAGUCCUUUUUAUUUAGUAACCUUUUAAAUAUAACUUACUUAAGGAAGCCCAUAAACCUUAAAUGUGUGAAGAAAGUGAAGGAAGGAAGACAACACCUGAAAAGUAGUGUAUUUUGGGGCCAGAUGUAACCAAGUUGGGAGAAAGAACCAAGGCACUUGGAUGUGGCAUUCCCUUGGAGCUGCAGGAAAAUGGGCACAGUCUGUUACGUUACAGUUAAAUUAAUUUUUGAAGAGAGCAGGCUUGUAGGCUUAUCUUGCCAUGACUUUGAUCAUAAGAUUUCUUUGUUCAGUUCUGGUUUAAAAAAAAUAAAUAAAAAUUGUGCCAAAGUGUUUUGUUUAUUUUUUUAAAGGAGUGUAAGCCAAAUGGUGCCAAAAGGUAAUAGGGUAUUUAAAAGUAGAGAUUUAGAGAAACAGUUUGGAGCUGUAUAAAAAACAAACACUGGUACUUGCGUUAGACAAAUAUUGUACCUUUGGUCUUUGAGUCCUUGGGAGUUUGAAACCCAGUUUGCUGUGGUACAAAAUGCACAACUAGAGAUGCCACUAUCUUUUUCUUGAAGUUCUACCUCACUUUGCAGAAGUAAAUCAUCUACCUCAAUUUUAGCAUCAGACAGGUUUGAGAAAUAAUUGAGAAUCUGCCUGGGGGAAGGAUUCAUCCUGCCUGUUGGACAAGCAUUUUAACCGAAAGGGGAGAUAGUAAGUGUGUACAAUGUGGUGACUGCUUGUUUUUGUUUGCUUUUUUGCUGCCUGCCCAUGGAAAUGCUAAGGCUGCCCUUACUAGAGAAUCUGUAAAUAAACCUGAAUAUUCAGGCAAACUGGACUGAUACCUGAAACACUUUGUUCUGUUUUCAGAAGUAUGGAGAUGUAAACUUUUCUCAGUAUUAUGACACUACUAGCUGACAUGACAUACUUCAUGUUCAUUUGCAGUGUUCUUAUGUCUGUAAGGCCUUUAGGUCUUUUCUCUACAAGAGAAAAACUUUUAUGCAUGCCUACAAAUAUAUCCUGUUUGGGAAGACUAAAGUUACGAUUGCUGUAAACACAAUGCUAUACCAAAUGCUUGAAGGGAAUAAGAUCCUGAUUUUUUUUGACUUGGUGAUUGUAUUGGUUAGCUUUCUUGACUCAAUGGGAUUUUUUCCACCAUGACAAAGCAACCGUGUUCCUAUUCCUGGAGGGCAGUUUAGGUUCAGACAUUCUCAGGAGAGGCAGUUUAAAACCAGUUUGUUGGGGGGUUUAUGCAACUUUAUAGUGACAUGCAACAUGCCCCUUGUUUUACCUGUGGAGUAAAGUUGCAGAAGCACAUUUUCAGAUUACUAUAUUGAAAAAAAUCUUUUUUCCUCUCCUGCUCAUAUUAGGGGGUGACACAAGUGGGUACAGGAGACCCCUAAUAAUGAUAGGCUGUAUUGGGUUUGGUAAAUGUUAUGGUGGAAAAACGUACAUUGAUGUCUCUAAGUGAUCUUACGGGUUAACGAGCCAGACUGGCAUCUUUUUCCAUCAUUGUUUAACCAAUAAUGGUUCUAAAAAUGCUUUGUGUACCUGCAUGGUCUUAGACCUUCUAUUAAUGAUUGUAUCAACGUACAAACUCAGGUAGAUAAUUUUUUAAGCUCUUCUCGUAGAGCCUUACUGACUGAAUGUUAAGUGUCCGUGUAGUGAUGUAGUUAAGUAACUUCCUUUUGAACGACCAGACUAGUUUAAAAAAAAAAAAAAGUCCUUUUAUAGGUUUGUAGAGUACUUUUCGGACAAUGUAGUAGUUUUUCCUUCAGAGGGAGAGAUGUCUGUUUUUGGGUUUUGUUUUUAGUUUCUUUUCUAAAAUGACUAAAAAGUUUUUAACUAGUUUGUAAGGUGUGCUUAGUCACCUGAGUUGGUGGGGGUUUCUUACUGUAUGUGACUCUUGUUUAUACUGUGCAUUACCUGUCAUGCACUGCUUGGUUCGUGCACAAUUUGUUGGAGUAGUGAGGGUGUUGAACAUGCCUGCAAUUUAAGUCGGAUAGAAACUGGAAGCCUUGAAGAAAGUGGAGGUCAGCCACAUGAAACCAUUGUCAAACAUGCGUUUUUCCUCCCCUCAUUUAAUUGACUGUAGAUGUACGGCCUUGUCCUAUAAAACUUCAUUACUGGUGUAUUAAGUAGUGUUGCCUCGGUGCAGGUUUGCAUCAGGGUCUAGAAUGAUUUUGUCAGUCUUUGGAUGUUGGGCAUCUUGAGUCAACUUGGUUUUGUAGUUUCCUCUUCUGUUGCAGCUGUUUCUUUUCUACUUUAGUGAUUAAUCAUGCUGUUCUCCUAAUAAUAAUAAUAAAAAUGUCUCAGCAGGACAGACAGUAUUCUACUUAUAAUGAGCUGCUCAGAGCUUUUCUAUCUAAUUCAUAAUGAGACAGGCUGUGACAAGAACUUCCAUGCUCCAAAAAGGACAUCACAUUUCUACUUGAACAAGAAGUGACAUAACUUUUAGAUGUCAGAUGUUGAGUACUGCAGAGAAGAAAGCAUGACAGGUUAUGUGCAAACUUUUACGUAGAAUAAGUGAGCAAAAUGUUAGAACCCUUGUGUUAAUGGAGGCUUCUGAAUGUAUCUUUGUGGUCCAUAGGGAAGGCUGAAGGAUGUAGCAAGGAGACGAUGUAUCAGCUACUGGCAGCCUUAAAACAAAGUCAGUGUCUCUCUGGACUUUAAAAUGUUCCUAUGCAGUUUAUUUUAUUUUUGUUUAAUCGAAUAAAUGUGAGGUUUUUUUCAUGGCAAAUCUGUGUAUGUGUGUUUCUGUAUUACCCAGACAAAGCCUUCUCCUCUGUCAGAAUGCAAAAAAGAAAAAGGUCUGAAUUUGAACCUGGUUGCCUCCAGAUGACGACUACUGACAACUUUAGCUAGAGGCACCUGCUUUGAAAGGAGAGGA